AUGACAGGCCCUGCCCCAGGCGCUGGGCCACCUCCGCCAUCCGAUGAUAUCGGAGGUGCCUCGGAGGAUGAGGGCCCUGUGAAGAAGCGUCUUCGAGUAUCUCGGGCUUGCGAUCCCUGUCGUCGUCGAAAGGAACGCUGUGAUGGUUCACAACCCACAUGCCAACGAUGCAUCAAAGCCGGGAGGCCUUGUUCUUAUAUCCCUUACCGGAAGCGAGGGCUCCGUACCGGCUAUGUUAGAGGUAUCGAGAUUCUCUUAGGGCUCCUCAUUCAUUCAUCCCCUGGUACCGAGGAACUCAUAUCUGCGGUGCUUCGUCACAAGGCGAACCAAUCCACGACCUUGGGUCCUACUUCUGCCCCUCCGACUACAUCGUUACUGAAGUCAUGGCGCAAGAGCACAGCCCAUGAGAUUCUCCAGGGAGCACUCUUAUCUUCGGACGAUGACGAGGAUGAAGAUGUGUACCUUCAGAACCUGGAUGACAAGCUCACAUCUGCAUUCAACGCGCUGCCUCGCCAGUACCAAAGUACUAGCUUUGGAGAGCUUCCAAAACCAGCAAACGUAAUCAAACAUCUUCCAGAGACUAUCUCACCCGUUGUUCCAUUACCAUUCCCUAAACAGCCACAGCCCCCUACUUACGGUGAUCCUAACCCGAAUGUUUUUUCUAUACCCACAUUGCCACCGAACUGGUCUCAGUUGAUUGAAAUAUACAUGACCAACACCCAUUGCUGGUUACCAAUAAUACAAAAAUAUACACUCUAUCGCUCCGCAAGCUUACUAUGCGGUCCGGGAGGUCAAGGUCAAGGUCCGAAGCCAUCGUCAGGGGAAAUGUGUUCUCUCUGGGCCGUUCUUGCCUAUGGAUCGCAUCAGCUACUGGUUCUAGAUCCAUCCAUGUCAUCCACGACUCCCUCGGGAACUUCUUUAUAUGCCUUGGCUAGGCAUAUGGCAGGACAGGGGCAGGUGGAAUACGACGUUGGCCAUGUGCACGCCCUCUUAACCUUGGCCCUACUCGAGAUAAGCCAAAAGUCUUGGAUGAAUGCCUGGCUAUGUGUGGGCCGAGCAGUCUACAUUGCCUCUGGUCUCGGAAUAGUUCCUGUCAGACAAGGACCGAAUAUAAUUAAUUCCGACGAUAGCCGCCAAAGACUGGCUCUUGGCUGUUUUGUGCUUGACACACUGAUUGCUUCUCGGCUUGGUCUCCGGCCAUACCUACAACAGAACGAUUUCUUUGAUCUUGGAACUCUCAGUAGUGAUGGGAUCGAGGAAUGGGAACUCUGGCGUCCCAUUACCAAUAUUAACAUGCAAUUGGCCUCUUUUUCUCCCGGGCCAAGCCGAGUACUUAGUACAUUCAACCAUUUCUGUUACAUUGUUGCUAUCCUUAACAGCCUACUAUGUUCCUCUCAUCACAAAAGCGAAACAAUCAACCCACAGCAAUACAUCGACCGGCUCGAGCAAUGGAACGAUAGGAACCCUCUGCGUGACUGCCUUUCCAUGCUCAAAGAUCCAUCUAAACUUGUAUCAGAGGCACCUCACACUCUGCAGCUUAGACUUGCAGCCAUGGCAACCUAUGCUAUAUUAUCAAAUCAACAUAGCCGCCAAACAAACAGCACACAAGAAACAGGGGCUUCACUCGUUGCAACCCACGAUUCUUUGGCGGAGAGUCAAAGGAUCCUAAGCGACCCAGCUAAUAAUGUUACAGUGGUAAAUGCGACACAAGCUUUGCCAAUAGCCACGAUUUUUCUUGAGAUGGUGCAAGCAAACACGAAUCUCAUUACUAGCACAUUAGUUUCGGCUUCAUGGAAUCGCCCAGCCUUACAGCCUGCGUCUUUGCAAUCUGAAAGCAUCCCGCCUGAGAUGUUAAACGAUUCUUUACCUUUGGACGCACAAUUACUCGUACCCGCGAUAGCUAUUCCAGAUAGCAACGUAUUUGGUGGUGUCAAUGAUCAGGAAUCUUAUGCAGCGAAAGACCAAAUCCAAGCGGUCCGCACCACGCAAACCAUCGGAAUGUCCCCUUCGACAAAUAAAACGAGUUCGCCUAAUACCUCGAAUGGGCCAAACAAGUCCAAGAGCCCACUGGGCACAAUCGUAACACCUCCUCUGUCUGGUCAAGCAAUCGGCCAAGUCCAAGUAGGCGGGGUGGGUAUGGAGAAUCAGCUCGCAAUGUCCAACACAUCGCUAUCCGAAACGAGUGACCACAACGGUCUAUUUAAUCAACUUAGUCUAUUGGACCGGGCGGAUUGGCCAGUUUUCUCGGAAGAUUUCAUGGAGCAUCUGGGUCUCUCCAGAGAUGGCUCAUUACUGGACUACCACAAUAUAUUUGACCCUUCGUCACCCAAGUUUACUUGA